AUGGGUUCUAAUGUACGAGCUCUUGUAGCAUUUACUAAUGAGGCCUUAUCAAUUAGUAUUACACAGAAGAAAUCAAUUAUAGACACUAAUAUAAUUAGAUCUGCUCUUCAUAGACAAACUUGGGAUUUGCGAUCCCAGGUAAGAUCGGUUCAAGAUCAUGGGAUCCUUUUUUAUCAAAUAGGAUGGGCUGUUGCACAAAAUGUAUUUCUAAGUAAUUGCCCCAUAGAUUCUAUAUCUAUCUAUAUGAAGAAGAAAUCUUGUAAUGAAUGGGAUUCUUAUUUGUACAAAUGGUACUUCGAACUUAGAACGAGCAUGAAGAAAUUAAUGAUACUUCUUUAUCUUUUGAGUUGUUCUGCUAGAUCAGUUGCUCAAGACUUUUGGUCUCCACCCGAACCCGAUGAAAAAAAUGGGAUCACUUAUUAUGGACUUGUUGAGAAUGAUUCUGAUCUAGUUCAUGGCCUAUUAGAAGUAGAAAGCGCUCUGGUGGGAUCCUCACGGACAGAAAAAGAUUGCAGUCAGUUUGAUAAUAAUCGAGUGAUAUUGCUUCUUCGGCCCAAACCAAGAAGUCCCUUAGAUAUGAUGCAAAAUGGAUCUUGUUCUAUCCUUAAUCAGAGAUUUCUCUAUGAAAAAUACGAAUCGGAGUUUGAAGAAGGGGAAGGAGAAGAAGUCCUGGACCCGUAA